CUAGCCCAUUCAAUUUGAAUCGGGGAGACAGAAAGAAUAGGGCAAAUUUUCGAUUUUGAUUUUCCAACCAAAAAAUCCAGGGUUUACCCUCACACCCCACUCCCUCCAAAGCGUUUGCAAUUCAUCGUUCUCUUAAAAAAGUUUUCAAUUGAAACACUGAUUUUGAAUUCGAGGUUUGAGUUAGUUCUCAGAAAGAAUUGCAGCAAUGGAUCUCCCUCGAGACGUUGACGACUACAUCAAACAAACCCUCGACGAUACAUUAGGUAUUCCCGUAUCGUCGAAAACCCUAGAAUCCAAACUUCGAGCUUCCCAAGACUCGCAAUGGCGCCUCCGCGAACGCCUCCUUUCCCUUCUCCCCCAAUUGAAACAGAAAGACCAACUCAUCGAUCGCCUCAAGUCUGAAGCGGGAAUGAACGCGCGAGCUCUGAAGAAGUUCGUUGAGGAGAAUCAGAGACUGGCGACGGAGUGUGAGAGAUUGUUGGCUCGCUGCCAUCAGUUGGAGAAUGAGUGCGCGCUGUAUGAUAAGGACAGAGAAGCGUUGAUGGAGUUUGGGAACGAUGCCGAUGAACGGGCACGCGAGGCUCAAACCCGAGUUCUUGAUUUGGAACGGGAUUUGCUCUUCAUGGGGAAUGAAUUGAACAAAUAUAAGCAUCAGCAUCAAUUGGUCAAUUCUUCUGUGUGCACACCUGGGGAAAAGAAUUUACUUGAUUCUGUUUUGGCAACGCCAACACUUACUAGUAAAGAUGAUGAUUCUACAUAUGCAUUUUUGCAAGUAAACAGUGAGAAUGAGGCCUGUAAACAGUUGCUGAGUAUGUGGAACUGCAUAAACCCAUCAACUCGGAGUGUUUUGUCACUUGUUGCCAAAGUCAAGUCACUUGAGAAGGAUAAGGAGCAUCUAAGAACUAACCUUCACAAAGCCGAGGAGGAGGUCAAAUUACUGUUUGAUGAAAACAAUGUAUUGGAAAAGGAGAACAAAAGGUUAUUGAGGAUAUACAAGGAAAGAACCCAUCCCGAUUCAGGGGGGGAGUAUACCAACAGCCCAUCAGCCAAGUCAAACAAGAGAAAGUCUAGUCCCAGAACAAGUAGCCCAAUGCAGAGGAAGAUUGAUUUUGACGAUCAAGAGGUAGCAAGACGACCAUUAUCACCCUUACGACAUAACUCCCCAGACUGUAGAAUGCAUAAGAAGUAACGUGACACACUAACAGUGUGUUUGGUCAGACGUUUGAAACUGUCAAACAUCCCUUCAGCUCAAUGAUACACAAGACCCAUGGUUUGGGUUCAAUCGUGCCUUGUAAUGUUUAAACGCUAAAACAAACACACAUUAAGGGACGAUGAGCUUACAUCAUGCGGAAAGUUUCAAACAUUGUUUCCGAUUUAUAGAUGGAUGACUAAUCAUAGUAUUCGUAUUUGUUGCUCCUAAAAAUCACUAUUGAUCA